AUGGAGAAAUCUGUGUCCAGCCUGUCCUUACCAGGCGCCGGCGUCCAACGGCGGCCAGUUCCUUCAUCUGUUCAACCAACCCCCCAGGACGCUCCUCCGGACUAUACAGAGCCAUCGAUUGCUCUCUCUCAAGAACCAUCAAGUCCACGAGCGCCUGUUUUAUCCAAUUCCUAUCUGCCUCCUGUAAACUUCGCCCAUUAUCAUAUCCCCGGAGCAAGUUUAUCCAAAGAUGGACUCACCAUCACUGUGGCGCCUUCGGAACUCAGCUCCAAUUCAGAGGCAUUGACAAGAUUUAUAGUCCAGCAAGCUGCGUUGCCACCAAAACCCGAGGUGCGCAUAGCCGGCGUCAGGGAUGUUACCGGAAUUCGCAAGGUUGACUUCGAUAUCCGGAUAAACAUGCUGAACCAGAUAGUCCGCCCCCCUGGCUCCUCUUCGUCAUGGAAUUAUGUUAAGAUUGUUGGCAAUCGCUCUACUGGCUCUCCAGGAGGUGCCAUUGGGGAUAUUUCUACGUUUGCCGAUCGGUUUUGCAGGGACCCGGCUACCAACAAAACCUUUAUCCUAACUCGGGAAGUAAUCAAUUGGAACACUCAGAUCCUAGAAGGUCGAUUACGGACUUUGAUAGCCUCGUUGAACUAUCAAGGUCGUGUGGUGAUCACUUUCCCCUCUACACAUUCCCGUGUCGUUGUUCCGGGUCCAAAAACAAAAAAUUCUUUUUAUACCCAGAUUGUAUCCCUAUUCAAGGACCCGAAGCGGUACGAUAUGGUGCGGUCUAUGUGGCCAUAUGCAAAUAUGGCGGGCUCAGAAACGUCAGAGGAUCCAAGAAGGGUUUGCGCUGUCCAAUCCGAAAAUAAGUGGUGGGAUGAAUGGAAGAUGGUUAUUGCGCACGCUAUAAUGGAAGGAAGACAAGGAUGGCUGUCAUUAGACGAUUUGAUUGAGCUUGCCAUGAGUCCGGUAAAAGAAUUUAAGGCCAGGGACCCGUGGGAGAAACCGGACAUACAAUGA